AUGCUCUCUUACACCCCACGAGGCCUGUUGGCUUUGGCCGCCUUCGACAUUCUCAUGGAAGCCCAGGCUGGCCUCACCGGCUGCACCGCCAGCACCGAGGUUCUGAGCUGCCACAACACCACCGCAGUCUCCGAUCUCUGCUGCUUCAACUACCCCGGCGGCUCCCUCGCUCAGGUCCAGUUCUGGGAUACCGAUCCCUCUACCGGUCCUACUGAUUCGUGGACAAUCCACGGUCUCUGGCCUGACUACUGCAACGGCGACUACGGCGAGGAUUGCGAUACUUCCCGUGAAACCUCGGAAGUCGAGACCAUUCUCACUUCCCAGGGCCGCACUGAGCUCCUGACUUACAUGGAGACUUACUGGGUCAGCGACGAUGAGACUGCCAAUGAGUUCUGGUCUCACGAGUGGAACACACACGGAACGUGUAUCAACACUAUUGACCCCAGCUGUUAUACUGAUUACACCUCCGACGAGGAAGUUGGUGACUUCUUCCAACAAGUUGUUGAUCUGUUCAAGACUUUGGAUACCUACACCGCUCUCUCCGCUGCUGGCAUCACCCCUACCAACUCCAAGACCUACACUCUUGCUGCGAUCCAGGCCGCCCUUGCUGAUAUCCACGGCGGAUACGAUGUUACUCUGCUUUGCGAUGAUGAUAGCCUUUACGAGGUGUACUAUUACUUCAACGUCUACGGCAGUGCUGUCAAUGGAACCUACGAACCAUCUACCGCUCUCGAGAGCUCGAGUUGCCCCACCACCGGAAUCAAGUAUGUUCCCAAGAGCACCUCUAGUUCCAAGAAGGUCAAGCGGGCUGGAACUAGCUCGCGCGGUGGCCGCAAGGCUUAG